UCAUCAUAAUACCAAAUGAAGACAGUUUUGAGGAGAUUACCGAAAAGGAGGUUCCUACUACAAUGAAAUAUGUUAGGGACAAAGCUCGGCUUACAUACGUUGUUGAAUUUUUUAAAGCCCUCCUUUUCGAUAAAGUCUCAAUCAUUUGCAGAGAUGAUGUGGAACGAACGCAGGUAGUUGUUUGUACAGAAGGGCUUGAGUCGUUCGUUGACAUCGUUUGCUUUGAAAACAGCAAGGGGACGUAUGAUACCCUGCGUCAGAUGGUGCCAAGUAUAAAGAGUGAUUGCAUUGUCGUGACUUCCAACUUUAACCUACAUUUGAACCUGCAUGACAUUGCAAAUGUUUAUAGAAGAAAGGAAUGUGCUUGCCUCUUCGUUCUAGAGCAACUCAAAGAUCACACCACCGCAAAGGAUGGAGCAAAUCCCGUGUAUGGAAUUACCUCCGACCACCACAUCAUUUCCUAUGCGGACUUGCUUUCGCGUUCGAACUCCCUAAACAUUCCGCACUCCCUCCUUAUCGACUAUCCUUCCUUCUGCCUCUACACAAACCUGCACGACUGCGAGUGUUACUUCAUGUCGAAAGUGAUGCUUCAACUGCUCGACACGGUCCAAGCCAUCGAUGAUUUCAAGGCGGACUUUUUGUCGGUGAUGAUUCGACGUCAGCAUUACUACAUGUUGGAUACAAAGUACACAUCGAUGCGCGAUAUCAUCAAAUCGGAGGCCAACGCGCAUAUUUUUAGAUCAUCUCGCGAGCUGGUAAUUCGAGCCUAUCUUCUUUGA